GAAAUCCAUUAUGAGUAUUUUGUGAAUAUAAUCAAAUUAUAAAACCAGAAAGAAAGUUUCUUCAUGUAGUAUGAAGGUACCUUUAUGAAAAAGACGAAUAUAUCAUUUUGGUUUGUUCUUACAAGAAUUCAUUCACUGAAAGUUAACUCCGCAAACUUUUCAGAACUUCAUAUAACUUAGAGAUACAAUUAAGGUAUUUUAGGGACUUAAAAGGAUAUUAAUACACAGCCUUAUUACAAUUUGGAAUGAUAUGACAAGUACUAUAUGCAAUAGUAAUUACGGACACCUGGUGGCGCUGCAGGCUAAGCUUGUGGAAAAAUGGGCUCUGCCAAUGCCACAGACGCCAUUGAGCUGGAAAUCAGAACUCUGAAGCUCCCCCAAUGAAGGAGGCAUUUUAAGCAAGCUUCGGGAGACAGAUCUUCAGACAAGGCAUCCUUACAAGUGCACGUCAGAUAGAAACAUUUAACUCAAGAUUAUUUAACCAAAUCAUCUGAGUGGACUGUAUACCGAGUUGAAGGAAUUGCACCUUCUGGACGGAUUUGAACAAUGCAGACUGCUCUAGCAAAACCCCCGCAGAAAAGGCAAGUCAUUUUUCUUGCUAUACUGUUGUUUUGGUGGGGGGCUGACUCUAAGGCGAUUAGAUAUUCCAUUCCAGAAGAAACAGAAAGCGGCUACUCUGUGGCCAACCUGGCAAAAGAUCUGGGGCUCAGGGUGGGGGAGCUGGCCACUCGGGGAGCACGAAUCCAUCACAAAGGCAGCAAACAGCUCUUGCAGCUUGAUGUAAAAACCGGCAAUUUGCUUCUACAGGAAAAACUAGACCGGGAGGUGCUGUGUGGGGCUACAGAACCCUGUGUAUUGCAUUUCCAACUGUUACUGGAAAACCCAGUGCAGUUGUUUCAAGUUGAUGUGCAACUCAUAGAUGUAAAUGACCAUUCUCCAGAGUUCCUAGACAGGGAAAUGAUCCUUAGAAUCCCAGAGAGCGUCCAGCCAGGGUCUGUGUUUGCUUUGAAAUCAGCUCAGGACUUGGACAUGGGUAGCAACAGUGUUCAGAACUACACAAUCAGCCCCAACUUCUAUUUUCGUGUUGCUAUUCACAAUCGCGGUGAUGGCAGAAAAUACCCAGAGCUGGUGUUGGGCAAAGCCCUGGACCGGGAGGAAGAGUCUGAGCUUCGUUUAACUCUCACAGCCCUGGAUGGUGGGGCGCCGCCCAGGUCUGGGACUGUCAUAGUUCGCAUUGAGGUGGUAGACAUUAAUGAUAAUGCCCCCGAAUUUUUACAGUCCCUGUAUGAGGUACAGGUUCCUGAGAACAGUCCCAUAAACUCCUUAGUUCUCGUUGUCUCUGCUCGAGAUUUAGAUGCAGGAACUUAUGGGCGUGUAUUCUAUUCUUUAUUUGAAGGUGAUGAAGUUUCUCAACCAUUUGUAAUACACGAAAAAACAGGAGAAAUUCGUCUGCAAAGGGUAUUGGAUUUUGAGGCAACUCAAUAUUAUAUCGUGGAAAUUGUAGCCACAGAUGGUGGGGGCUUUUUGGGAAAAUGCACAGUGGCCAUAGAAGUGGUGGAUGUGAAUGACAAUGCUCCUGAACUAACCAUGUCGACACUCAGCAGCUCUAUCCCAGAAAACUCCCCAGAGACUGUAGUUGCCAUUUUCAGCGUUUCUGAUCCAGACUCUGGGGACAAUGGUAGGAUGGUUUGCAGCGAGCGCGACGCAGCCAGGCACAGGCUGGUGGUGCUGGUCAAGGACAAUGGCGAGCCUCCGCUGUCUGCCAGCGUCACGCUGCACGUGCUGCUGGUGGAUGGCUUCUCCCAGCCCUACCUGCCGCUCCCUGAAGAGGCGCCCGAGCGCGCGCAGGGGGACUCGCUCACUGUCUACUUGGUCAUCGCCUUGGCAUCGGUGUCAUCGCUCUUCCUCUUCUCUGUGCUGGUGUUCGUGGCGGUGAGGCUGUGCAGGAGGCGCAGGGCGGCGCCGCUGGGUGUCUGCUCUGUGCCUGAGGGCCACUUUCCUGGCCACCUGGUGGAUGUUAGCGGCACUGGGACCUUGUCCCAGAGCUACCAGUAUGAGGUAUGUCUUGCUGGAAACUCUGGGUCUGGUGAGUUCAAGUUCCUGAAACCAAUAUUCCCCAAUCUCUUGCUUCAGAACACUGGGAACUAAGGAAAACCCUAAAAUAACUUUUAUAGUUUUGUAUUUAAUUAUUGUAUUUGUUUCAGUUAAUCUAUUAAUCUGGGCAACUAUUCUUACAAUACCUUUCUCAAAUAUUGAUAACACUAUACCAACAAUAUUCUUUCUCUGGUAGUGCUUAAUAUAUUUUUUGUGUAUGGUUGAUAUUCAUUAUAAUUAGCAUUUAAAUGACACUAUUUAUGAGUAUGUGUUUUCUCCCCAUUUGACCUUCUUGGUGAAUACUAUUUCUCUAAGUAGAAAUUACUCAAAUAGUGCUCAAAUUUUAUUUUUAGCAACUUCUUAAAUUAGUUAAUAUUAAAGCUUUUAUGAAACCUUGAAUUGUUAUUACUUGUAGUGCCAGUGUUUACUAUAUAACUUCCUCUUUCAACUCUAGAGUGUUUGAAAUUUCGUUUUAUUUCAUUGGUGCUGGGUAUAGAUGCUCAAAUUUCCUGCAUGCUAAUCAAGCACGUAUUCCACUGAUCUUGACACCCAGGUGAAAUUCUUUAUAUUUAUCUUGGCAUUUCUCAUUGAGUACACUACCAACUUAAGCUCUCUGAAGAAAUGUAAGCAUGAUACUUAGGCAUAAUUUUUUUCUCCCAAAUUGUAUAUAAAUAUUUACUUUGUUAAAAUGUCUCUGUACUAAAACUGUGGCCUGUUAUGAGCAACACAUGUUAGAGAUUAUCUUAAACAUUUGUUACUGCAUAUCUACUGCAUUAUAUUUUCAUAAACAUUAAUAUUAAAUUAAAAAUAAUUCUCAUCUACAAAUACUAAAGAGAACAUCUUUGUAAUGUCUUAUUUGUUUCACUAAAUGAAACUGUUAAGGGGCUGAGGGCAUGACCCAAUGGUAGAGCAUGCAUGCAUAUAUGCUAAGCCUGGUUUCAAUUCCUAGCACCAAAGCAAAAAAAAAAAUUUUUUAGAAAUUCUGUUAAAGAACAUCUUGGUAUAAUCCUUUAAAAAAUAAUCUUAGAAUCUGAAAUAAACCCUAAGCUUCUCCAAAGAAUUUGGGACUCCUGAGGGCAUCAUAUAUGUUCUUACCCUUUCCUUUUGGCCCAUAAAUACAAGUUUAAGUGUAGGAGACUUUUGUUUGUCGUUGUCACCACUAGGUAUGCAGUAACCAAAUAAGUAAUGUAAUAUCUAACAUCAUAUAUUAAAAUAAGUAAUAUUUUAUUUCUGAAUACAUUGGAACAGUAAUUAAUUUACCUGAAUUAUAAUUGUUUUUGUUCUAUUCAAUAAGCCAAGUAGGUGAAUUAUGUGAUUUCUAACUAGUAAAUUUAUAUGAAUAAAACUAUAAGAAAAUUUCUUUGGAAUUUUGGCAAAACAUGAACAAUUGAAAAGCUUGCUAUAAUCUAAACACAUUUGUGUUAUAAUCUCAAAUAUCAUUCUACUGGAGUUUACAGUACAUGAAUUUUUCCCCAGAGUUACUCUUUUUUUCCUCUAAGGAUAAAAUGAAAUAAAAAAGGUAAAUUACUUAACAUUUGUUAUUCUUGAAAUAUAAUUUUCCAAUUUAAGUUAGGAAGAGAGAAAAGUGAGAAAAGAAACACAAACAUGUAAGAUACAAAUAUAGAAGUCAAUGGUAAUGACUUCUCCAUUUAUUAGAAAUUUAAAUUAAAUAGUUUUAUGUAUGAUAAUAAGAAAUAGGGUUGAAGGUUUUACCAAUAUAUUUCAACACACAAAAAUCCAAGUUCAUUUUUGUUUAUGCUAGGUUAGUCUAAUUUAUAUAAUCACCUAAAUGACACCGGACAAAUAAACACCCAUUCCACUUUAUCCUUGGAAAAAGAAUGGAUCACUCCUUACCAAUAAGAGCCCAUCACAAGGCUACAGAACAGAUCGACUUUUUGAAAUUCACUAAUUGGAAUUUAGCAGCAAACACUGUAAAAUUUCACAACAUGAUAUACCUCAUAAAAUGUGCCAGUUUGAUGGCCACAGGAAAAAAAAUAGAGAAUGGAAGAAAAAUAUCUUAAUAAUAACACCCAUUUAAAUAUUUUUUUGUCUCUCAAAUAUACACAACUUUUGUAAUUCCUUUGCUGUUGUUUUAGGCACAGCAUGUAGUGAGUUCAAUGCAUUCUUUUUGGGAAGCAAAUAGCACAGAUCACUCAGAUUGUCUCUUCAUAAUCAAAAGUUGCAAAAAUGUAUUUUUUAAAGUGUUAAGUUAAAACUCAUGAAUACAUUUGAUGGAAUUCUGCUUCCAGGUUAGAUGGAUUAUCUGGCAGCAAAAAGCAACCAUGAAAAUUGGCUAAAUAUCAGAAAUUACCUCUCUACAGCAACAGAGGUCAGAUGAUAGGAUAAGAAAUGAGUGGCUCAAGAUUUCUGAAAAGAAUGCUUUGGGGUGAGAACUAAGUCCUACAGUCAGUUUUCUUCCAAGGAAAUUUGCUAAGUCAGGAAACAACAGAUUCUUAACAGGGACAGACUAACUUCCAUAGCCUUUAGUAGUCUGUAAGAUUCAAGCUCAGGAUCAGUUUCCCCUUUCAGGUCACUUGUCAAACUCAGCACAGUCCAGGGCAGAAGUCUAAAAACCCAAGUGGAAAAUUCUUAGAAAGCAGGAUGAAAUUUUCUUUACUAUUUGAAGAUUAGGGUUUGGGAUCUGCCAUGGGAAGAAGCAUAGAAAAUAUACCAAUUUUUCAAUUGACAAUUCUGUAGACAAGGUACUUUUUAGGAUAGUAAGGAACCUUGACUAAACUAAGUGCCUUUCACUUCAGCCCAAUUUGACUAGUUAGAGUUCUAUCAGGCCAACAGAGGAAAAAGUGAACCCUCCUGGUUCAAUAUCACUUUGAUCCUAGACAUCUUUUUACAUAAAUAUCGAGAAUUCAGUUAAAAGUUACAAGCCACCUACACACAAAACUGGAUGAUCUGAGUAAAAUCAAGAGAAAAAACACAAAACAAAUGACUUCCAGAUAAUCUAGAUAGUAGAAUUAAUGUUAGAAUAAGCAUGAAUAAUAUGUCAAAAAUAAGGAACAAAAGAGAAAAUAGACGUAUAGAGAAUUUCACCUGACAAUUGAAAUCUUAAAAUGGACAUUCAUUCUUUAGCUGCAAAAUUAUAAUAUUUGAUGUAAAACUGUUGAAAUAGUUUAAUGUCAUAGAUAUAAAAGACUACAGGAUUAGUGGAAGUGAGACAGAUCAAUAUAAAAUAUUCAAAUAGGAACCCCAAAAUAAUGAAAAACAACAUUAAUGAAAAACUCUAACUUACAUAUGAUUAUAAUCCUAGAAGGAUAAGAGGGAAUAAAGUGGUAAUAAACAAUAUUUGAACAGUUAAUGACCAAGAAUUUUCCAAAAUUGUGUCUUUAAGUCUUCAAGAUACUCAGAGAAACCCAAUCAGGAUAAAAAUUUUUUAAAAGUCAAAAAUCAAAACCAAAAGUCAAGAUACAAGUCAAAGAGAAAAAAAUCUCAAAAGCUAUCACCUAAAAUAUCACAUAUUACUUUUAAAGAAGCAUUGGUAAAACUAACCUUCAACAUGUGUUCUGAAACCAAAAGAAAAAAGAAUAGCUUUUAAAGACAAGAAAAUUAUUAAUAGACUAUAAUUCUAUCACCAGCAAACAUUUCCCUCAGCAAUGAAGUUGUCAAAGAAACAAAAACUGACAGAGUUAAUCACAGUCACACCUGCACUAGUAGAAAUACUUCCAGUGGAAUUCAUUUAGGCAGAAAGAAAACAGUUCUAAAAGGAUCACAGAUUUGCAGGAAGAAAUAAAAAGACAGGAAGGGUAAAUAUAAAUGAGUAUUGAUUUAAUGUUGAUUAUACUGGGCACUAUCAGUAGUUUCUUUAAGGAUUUAAAAUAUGCAUUAAAUUUAAGUUCAUAACAACAACAACAAUGUGAGAGGUAGAGGCACAGAUUUGGAGAGUCCUAAUGUUUUAAUUAAAAUUAUAGUGAUAUUCAUAUCAACAAUUUGUAUUAGAUUCUUAUAGAUCAAAGAUCAUGCUGUGAUUUCUUGAAUAGCCUCUUAAAGAAUAACUAAAAAAACUAUUUGAUGGGAAAUUUUUAUAUAACAAAUAUUUGAAUGCCAAAAGAAGAACAAAAUUUCUGGGAUAAGUAAAAAAUAAUUAGAUGUUAAUUAUAAAUGGGAAUAUAUCAAAUAUUACAUUAAUAAUACAAUUAAGCUAAUAGUAUUGUACACCAGAUUUAAGAAAAACUCAAUAUUGCUAUCAUAUGUAUGUGUACGUGAUAGAACACAGAAAAUUGAAAGUUUAAAAAUGAAAUAAGGUAUGUACUACAAAUACUAGCCUUUUAGUGUAGCUAUAUUCACAAAAGACCAAGGAGACUUUAAAGAAAGAUACAUUGCUAGGAAGAAAGAGAAAUGUUUUAUAAUAAUAUGAAAAUAUAACAGAAAUAUGUGAGAAAUAUUUCCCCAUAAGAAAUAUUUUUACUACAGAGUAAAAAAAAUCAAAUUGAUGAAGUACAAAUAAAAAGUAGACAAACCACAAACCUCUCAAUUCUGAUAGAAUAAGAAGACAAAACACAUAUGUGCCCCUGUAUAUACACACAUACACACAUACAAGAAUAUUGAAGAUAUCAAUAACACAAAACAUAUUGAAAUACAUCAACAUCCAUAGCACACUCAUGCGUACACAAUUUUGUUACACAUAUUUGAAAUAUGAAAAUUGCCCAUAUUCUGGGUUAUAAAACAAGCCUCAUUUUAAAAUAAAAGACAUUGAGAUGACUCAUUAUACUUUUUGACUACAGCAGAAUAAAGAAAAAAGUGAAAAUAUGACAAAUCCCCAAGUGCUUCAAAAUUAAUUAAUAAAACCCAAAUCAAAUUUGAAAUCACAGCAGAAAUUUCCAAACAUUUUCAAAUAUGCAAAGUUUAAGAACUGACGCAUAUACUCCACUGAACUUCUAUUCUGUCUGCCCCUUAGUGUGGAUUAACUUCCACAUAUUAGAGAAUACAUUUGAACUUUAAUUUUUUUUGGAUUGACCUAUUUCACUUAGCAUGAUAGUCUCCGAUCCAUCCAUUUACUAGCAAAUGUCAUAAAGUAAUUUUUCUUUAUG